ACCCCUCCUCUCUCUCUCUCUCUCUCUCUCUCUCUCUCUCUCUCCCCCAUCGCACAUUAGACCGCAGCGCAAGACCUUCGCACUCUCUCUUUCUCUCUCUUCGGCUUUUGCAUUUGAUUCCGACGAAGGAUUGACUUGGGCGUCAAUGGCGGCGAUGGCUUCAAAGUUGCGUCAGCUGCAGUCGAAGGCUUGCCAAGCGACUCAGUUUGUGUCCAAGCAUGGAACUACCUACUACAAGCAAGUGUUGGAGCAGAACAAGCAGUACAUCCAGGAGCCGGCAACUGUGGAGAAAUGCGGUGAGCUGUCGAAGCAGUUGUUGUACACUCGGCUCGCUAGUCUUCCGGGCCGGAAAGAAUUACUGCACAAGGAACUUGAAUAUGUCAAGGGUUUGUGGAAGAACAGGCAGGACUUGAAGGUUGAAGAUGCAGGAAUAGCUGCGUUGUUUGGGUUGGAAUGCUACUGCUGGUUCUGUGUUGGUGAGAUUGCAGGAAGGGGAUUCACCUUCACCGGUUAUUGUGUCUGAAAACAACUGUUGGGUAAAAUGUUUGUAGGGAUUUCAUGUGUAAGCCUCUUAUUUCAUUUGCUUCAGAACUUGGGGUACUGCACUCGCAAAUUUUAGUUUUCCUAAAGAAAUUUUUGAAGCUGAGAGGAUGGUAUGCAAGUUUGACAGCCUUAAUAAUCAAUGUACUUGAAAGCAAUAUGGAUGGAUUUUGUCUGCUAUUUCUCAUGGAAGCAAUUGCAAUUGCUCAUGAAUGAUGAAA